GAAAGUUGGAAGUUCCGACUUCAGUUUCUUCCAGUGCUGGUAAAUCAAGCAGUAGCGAAGAGGAAAGCUCUGAUUCAGAAGAUGAGCCCUCAAAGGUACCAUUGCCAAAGAAGGCUACUCAAGUGUCAAAGAAAAGCAUCGGUCCUGAGGAGGAUUCAUCCGAGGAAGAAAGCAAUGAGGAAGUGCCUUCCAAGACCCCAAAGAAGAAUGACACUGAUGUGGAAAUGGUAGAUGCCGGAGCACCCAAAAAAAAAAACCAAUGCUAAGCAGACUGAUUCAAAAAUCUGGGAAGAAAGCUCCCAAAACCCCUGCCACUCCUCAAGUGCAGAGCACUGGAAGCAAGACACUGUUUGUUAGCAAUCUAUCUUUUAGUAUUCAAAAAGAGGAUGUUGAGCAUUUCUUUAAAGAUGCCGGUGAAGUUGUUGAUGUCCGUUUCUCUUCAGAUGCAGACGGGAGGUUCAAGGGCUUUGGUCAUGUUGAGUUUGCUACUCCCGAAGCAGCACAGAAGGCUCUCAAAGUGAAUGGUAAAGACUUAUUGGGUCGUGCUGUCAGACUUGAUUUGGCCCGUAAAAGGGGCGCAUAUACUCCAUAUAACGGAAAAGAAAGCAAUUCAUUCCAAAAGGGAGGGAGUCAGGCACAGACAAUAUUUGUUCGGGGCUAAAAUAAAAGUUGCGGAGACCAGGUUAGGAGCACCCUGGAAGAGUAUUUUGGGUCUUGUGGGGAGGUUUCAAGGAUUUCGAUCCCUAAAGAUUAUGAAUCCGAUUCUGUUAAGGAGAUUGCUGACAUGGAUUUCACAGAUGGAAGGACCAUAAAUGUCGUUAUUGAGUGGAGGUUGACUACAUGCUGGCGGAGGGCGAAAUUGUCACUGGAAAUCACUGGGGACAGGUAUCACCAGAAGAAGAAGAGUAACCAAAGGACUUUGGUGCGGGGUAUGAUGUUCCAUCAUAACAGCAAUGAUUUUGACAAUGGUCUUUUUGAGGCUGAUUUAAUUGAGAAGGAUUUUGGGAACCAAAUUGCUGGAAUGGAUAGCUUCGGGUGCUGA